CCGGAAGUGGGUCGCUGCCGCUAUGGACUCGCUGUGGAGGCUGAAGCAGUUCGAUGCGUUUCCCAAGACGCUGGAGGAUUUUCGAGUCAAGACCUGCGGGGGCGCGCUCGUGACAAUAAUCAGUGGACUUAUCAUGCUCCUGCUUUUCUUCUCGGAGCUGCAGUACUACCUCACUAAAGAAGUUCAUCCUGAACUGUAUGUUGACAAAUCGAGAGGAGACAAAUUGAAGAUUAAUAUAGAUGUUGUCUUUCCGCAUAUGCCUUGUGCUUAUUUGAGCAUUGAUGCCAUGGAUGUGGCAGGAGAGCAGCAGCUAGAUGUGGAGCACAAUCUCUUUAAGCAACGUUUGGAUAAAGAUGGCAAUCCUGUGACCCCGGAGGCCGAGAGACACGAGCUGGGCAAAGAGGAGGAGAAAGUGUUUGAUCCAGAUUCCUUAGAUGCUGAUCGCUGUGAGAGCUGUUAUGGAGCAGAGUCGGAGGACAUCCGGUGCUGUAAUUCCUGUGAUGAUGUGAGAGAAGCAUACAGGCGGCGUGGCUGGGCCUUCAAGAACCCUGACACUAUAGAACAAUGUAAGAGAGAAGGGUUCAGCCAGAAAAUGCAGGAGCAGAAGAAUGAGGGCUGCCAAGUGUAUGGAUUCUUAGAGGUCAACAAGGUAGCUGGAAACUUUCACUUUGCACCUGGAAAAAGCUUUCAGCAGUCUCAUGUCCAUGUGCACGCAGUUGAGCUUCAUGAUUUACAGAGCUUUGGACUUGAUAACAUCAAUAUGACGCAUUAUAUCAAACGUCUCUCAUUUGGGAGGGAUUAUCCAGGCCUCAUCAAUCCUCUGGAUGGGACAGACAUCACUGCACAGCAAGCUUCUAUGAUGUUUCAGUACUUCGUCAAAGUGGUCCCUACAGUCUAUAUGAAAGUCGAUGGUGAGCAUCACAUUGCUGACUCAUCAGUGUGGUCUCUUCUCAGCACCAUGAGCAGGAGUCUGGCAACUUGUUCAGUGAGUGGUAAAGAGUCUAAUUCUGAUGUUCUCAACUGGAAGUUCCAGAGACCACUCAUCAUCAGGAUCAGUCUCAGAUCCGCUCUGGCUGUCUGUAGUCCUGUUCUCUUCUGCCAGGUGGUGAGGACUAACCAGUUUUCAGUUACCCGGCAUGAGAAAAUUGCCAAUGGGCUAAUAGGAGAUCAGGGCCUCCCUGGUGUAUUUGUGCUCUAUGAGCUUUCUCCCAUGAUGGUGAAACUGACAGAGAAACACAGGCCCUUUACACACUUCCUCACAGGAGUCUGUGCCAUUGUUGGAGGAGUAUUUACAGUGGCAGGACUCAUUGAUUCCUUGAUCUAUCACUCUGCUCGUGCCAUUCAGAAGAAAAUAGAGCUUGGGAAGACGACGUAGAUAUGAAAUUGCUGCAGCCCAUGAAGAAUGCAGAGAGGAACUAAACAAAUCCUUCAAGACACAAGUGACCCCCUGAGUGCGCAAAGAGAAGAUACCUGGGAUUACCAGACACCCCCACUCAUCCUUCCAUCGCCAUCUCUUUGUGCUUUGUUUGGCAUUGAUUUAUGGACAGGACAGCUUGAUCCUUGUUCCUGUGAGGAUUUUUCAUUAGCCAUCUUGUCAGGCUGUGCAGACCCUCCUGUGGGCAGCCUUUCGUGCCCAUCGCUGUUGAAUUGCCCCUGAGGCUGUUGUAGGAGGAGCAGCAUCCAGUUAUGAGAUGCUGAAUGGAUUAAAGUUGCCAUCAAAUAAACUUUCUGGCAACGCCACCCAGCAGUUAUUUCCUUUAUGUUCAGAAUAUUUACAAAUGUGCUCACUGGAUACAGCAUCAGACAUCUGUCAAAAUGUGCUGACCCCUCCUAUCUUGCCCUGCCGAAUCUCAGGCAGUAAGGUGUAAGACCUAGCACACGAGACAUGGUUACAAGAUGAUAAAUCUCUGCCUAGGGCACCUCAAAACUCCAGCAGUAGGGAUGCUCAAAACUGCUCUUUCAAUGCAAGAAAAGUGAUCUGUGCUAGUAAGAAACCAAUCUUGGCUGUUUUUAAAAAUGUUUCGUCAACUUUUUAAAUUGAAUCGUAUUUUCACUCCCCAUAUCCUUACCUUUUGUAAUAAAAUAUAUCAUCUGUGGAUUUUAGUAAAGCAUUUGGUAGACUGACUCAAUGUAACUAACUAAUUAAUUUAUUAAAAUUGGUUAAUUAACUUUGA